AUGUGGCUGUUCCCUUAUGACAUUAAGACCACUAUCUUCUCAGACUCCUUCGGCUCAUGGAGACCCCGUGCUGCAGGUGACGCCACCGAGCCCUUGGAGCUCGAGAUUUGGCCGGAGCGGCAGGGCGAGGUGCCGCGCGGUCCGUCCGCCGUCGAGACGGCGCUGGAGGGGCGCCACUUCCAGGUGAAGGCUUGGGGAGAGCAGAUGUAUGGUACCUUGGUGGACUUGCCCUGCUUCGUGGAGAGUCACAUUUUGCCGCCGCAGAAUGCCAGCCAGGCGCUUUACAAAUCGGCCAAUGUGGAGCAGAUGUUGAUUGUCCAUCGUGAAGAGGAACUUCCCGACACUGACAGGCUGGAGCGAAAGACCUUCAGAUGGAGGUCAGGGCUCACCCCUGCCACUGCCAACGUGGUGGAGCGGUGGAAGGGCGUCCCUCCCAGCAACUCGAUCUUCGCCCCACCGCUGAUCCGAGAAGCGACCAAGGCGCUGAAGAGCCGCCUGGAUCGGAGCGAUUUCACCUACGAGGAGGAGGCAGAAGUGGAUGAAGCUUUCUGUGCGAAGAUCCGGCAGGAGGAACCCCAGAAUGUUUGGGUCCCACCUGAAGGUCUGCGAGCGCCGAUGCGUGACCCGCCGGCAGCGUCGGCGCCCAGCUCAGGCCACGGAACCGGAACCGCUGCCUCCCAGCCUCCUUCACAGCUUGAAGGUUCUGCCAGCGAAGUCUCUCUUCAAUCGGGUGUCAAGGCCUCAGGCGCACUCUCCACGGGCGCGACCCCAAAGCCAGGGCUUCGCCUCAAGCUCGGCGGACGAGACAAAAUGGACCGCACCCACGUGUUCCCUUGCGAUCGCCACAGGCUCCGAGUGGGCGACGCCACCACCUUCCGCCGUGGUGCGAUGCGAGAAUGGGACCCCUUUGUACCAGCGUUCAAGAAGCCCUUUGUUCAGGCGUUAAGGACCCGGAUCCAGGUCCUUUCCCGAGAAACCUCGGCGACGCAAGCUGGAAAGCCAGUUCCAAGCAUAGCAAGUGGGUGUUUUGUUGGGCCCAUCAACCCCAUGGGCUGUGCACUGUCAAGCCCCGUUGAGCUCAUCCGGGUGCAAAGGCAGGGCUCCAGCGCCUUCCGAUGUGCAGUUGCGGAGAUGCAGGGCUGGCGCGUGGGUCACGAGGACGCCCAUGCCAUGCGCUGUGAAGGCUCUUCGGCGACCUGUUUGGUCUUCGAUGGCCACGGCGGCGACGGCGCGGCGCUCUUCGCGGCCCCGGAGCUCUGUGAGGACCUCUACAAGGGAGAGAAGGCUCCAGAUGUGCCGUCAGAUGCGCAUAUCGAGGGGUCCUUCGCCCAUGUGGACCAGAAGCUCCGAGGAUACUUCCAAGAGCAUGCCGAGAAGGAUUCGGGCACCACGGUGGUGGGCGCCGUUUGUGCGAGAACAAAGGACAAUUCCUACACGGUGAAACUUCUGAAUUGUGGAGAUUCCCGCGCUGUGAUUGUCCGAAAUCCCAAGGAUGAGGAAUCCAACUCGGUCUCGAUUCGCAGGCCUAGCCACAUUGAGGCUUUGGCUUGCCUAGGCGCCGGGGGCACAGGCAACCCAGCCAAGGGGAUCGAUGGACGGCCCAUCGAGGACGACUCGUCCCCGUCUGGAAAGUCCUUGGUGGUCGUUGAGACCAUCGACCACAAGCCCGACCAUCCCACGGAGAAGCAGCGCAUCGAGACCGCGGGUGGCACGGUCUCCUUCGAGGACCCGCCGAGACUGGAUGGGAGCUUGGCCGUCAGUCGAGGCUUGGGGGACUUCGAAUACAAAGCCGACGGAAAACGGACCGUGGGCGAGCAAAAGGUGUCCUGCAUUCCGGACAUCUACGAAGUUUCUUCCCUCGCGCCCGGAACUUUGUGCAUAUUGGGCUGCGACGGGAUCUGGGACGUCAUGACGGCCGAGCAAGUGGCUCAGUUGGUGUGCGAGGCAUUGGCCACCGACCUGGAUCUGGGCGACAUCGCCGCGGAGAUUUUGAGGCAGUGCCUUCAGAGGAACAGUCGCGACAACAUGACCUGCAUGAUCAUGCACUUUGCUGAUGGCAGUGAUUGGGCAAACUUCCCAGACGAGAUGAAGAACUACGACAAGCUCGCGAAUGGCGAUCACGAUGAAGAUGUGCAGAGCCAUUACGCCUCCUUCCUAUCAACAGCCAAGUUUCCAGCGCAGGCGGUUGCCUGUGACGUUUGUCAAAGAUGGCUGGUGCAAAUGCAGCAGUGCACUUGCAAACAGACCUUCUACUGCAGCAGGCAUUGCCAAAAGAAAGGUUGGAAGGUGCACUCCGCGGUUUGCCCUACAAAGCUGGACGGUGCCAAGCGUGAGAGCGCGGCCGCCUGA